AGCUUUAGGACUCUCUCAAUUCUCAUCUGCUUUUCAUAAUUAGGAAACAAAGAGAUUAGAGAAGCGGCAGACCCUAAUUAAUCAUUAUAAAAUCAAAUCAAAAUCCCUAAUCAGAAGGAAAAACUGUAUCUUGAUCGAAACAAUAAACUUCGGCGCAGCUACAAUUCUGCACUCUAGCGGAGAUCCAAUUCAAAAAUCCUUGCAAAUUCUCUUCAAAUCUUGAAAUAUAUCGAGGCUCUUUGUUACGUUUCUUGAUCUGGCUCGUUGUUAUUCUGUGGGUUUGGAAGGCUUUUGAUUACCUGAAUUCUGAAUAGAGUGGUUGCGGUUGCGGUUGUGGUUGUGACGUUUCAGGACAUGAGGAAGAGGGAGAGAGAGAACCCAUGUGGGGUUUGUGGGCAUUAUCACAAGUAUGAAGAAGGAGAGGUUUGUGGGAUUUGUGGGCACCGAGCUCCGCAAUCAUCGGAGACAACGUCAAUCCAUAUCAGUGCCUUUCCAACGGAGAUCCUCCCGGAAUUCUUAUAUCUGGGGAGUUACGACAACGCUUCGCGGUCUGAACUACUCAAGACUCAGGGAAUUUCACGCGUUCUUAGUACUGUACCAGCAUGUCAAAAUCUCUACAAGAAUUCUUUUACCUAUCACUGCCUCAAAGACGACCAAACUUUACCAUUUGAAGACGCAAUUCAGUUUUUAGAGCAAUGUGAGAGAGACAACGCUCGUGUUCUUGUGCAUUGCAUGUCAGGAAAAAAUAGAUCGCCAGCUAUUGUAAUAGCUUAUCUGAUGAAGUGUAAAGGAUGGAAGCUUGCACAAGGUUACCAGUGGGUGAAAGAGCGCAGACCAUCUGUUGAUAUAACUCAGGCCAUCUACCAGCAAUUACAGGACUAUGAGCAGAGGAUAUUUGGUUCAAUUGUUGGUGGCAACCCUUUCCCCCCAGCCUCUCCCUCUGCAGGCUUGCCAUCCUUCAGCUUUGGGUUUCCAAAGGUCGAUGAUCCUAUUCCUGUCCCUGCUUUCAGUGGUAGCGUUUCCUCCAUCUUCGCCCGUUCUCCCGUGGAUAUUAAUCCACAGGAAUUUACUUUUGGAGCCAGUCGAACUCAAAAUAAUGUCUCUGGCCGCCCUUUCAAUGAAAACCUCAACUCCAACGGCAGUGAUAUUGCAAUGGACAGUUCUUGAAUCCCCUUGCACUCGUUAUGUCAACAGCGUUGAAGAUUGAGUUCUAUAAUUUUGUUGUAAAGUUGGCGGUAAGCGCUUGGAGUCUAAGAGUGUUGGCUUGUAAAAUUUAAUCAUAGAUGUUUUUGAUCUUAACAGUUACCCCCAUUACUUAAUACAACUACCUCACUACCAUGCCUCUUAUUUUGUGUAA